AUGGAGCCCAUAUCUCAAGCCAUAGAGCAUUCCCUGGCAGUCGCCGAGGCAUUGUACAACCGCUGCCAGAUGGUCAAGACCAACAGGAGGCACAGUGAGAAGCUAUUGGCUCGCACCGCAGACUUGAUGAACGUCUUAGAGGACAUGAGGGAGCAGGAAGAUCUCUCCGACGAUGCGGACCUCGUGCUGAGGGGUCUCAAGAGCCUUCAGAAGACCCUGAGGUCUGCGGAGGAGCUGGUGGAGAGCCACGAUGGCAGCGGUUUGCUUCGACGGACUCUGCACGCCACAAGCCUGAGGGAGAGCUUUGAGAGCCUGGACAGGCGGAUGGACGAGGCCGUACAGCUGCUCUCUCUAUCACUGCAGGUUAGACAGGAGAGGAGGAAGGAGAGGCUGAAGGAUGAACCAGAGGAGGUGAAGACCAGGAGAGAGGAUGAUGAAGACAGAACAUCUCAUCUCAACACAGGGUUCCUGGAGUACAAAAGGAAGCUAUGCAGUUCAGUUUGUGCACAGUCCCAGUUUAUUUGUAGCUAUGAUGGAACUAGCAAGUUCUCACUGGAUGUUAUCUACACAGACUGUGAGCUGGAGCUUGCUGAGGACUGCAUCGAGGGCCAAGUUCCCUUAGAUCUAGAGGAUAUUCUGGGACCAGUAGGCACCCUAAAUGAAGAAGCAGACACUAUACUUGUGUCUGGUGAGGCAGGCAUGGGGAAGAGUACCCUGCUCCAGAGGCUGCAUCUGCUUUGGGCCAAGAAUGAGUCCCUGAGGGACUUCUUCCUGCUCUUCCCCUUCAGCUGUCGGAAGCUGAGCAUGGAGCGGCGGGAGCUGUCCCUGAGGGACCUGCUUUUCUUCCACUGCUGUUGGGCCGACAGGGAUCAGGAACAACUGUUCCAGUUCAUCUUGGACAACCCACACCUGGUGCUGUUCACUUCCGAUGGUCUAGAUGAGUUCAAGCACAGCUUCUCGGACGAACAGAGGCACUGCUGUCCAGACCUGCGAGCACCGGUAUCCACAUUACUCUUCAAUCUUCUCCAGGGCUGUCUCAUGAAGGGAGUGCGGAAGUUGGUGACCAGCCGCCCAUUGGCAUUAGGGCCCAGCCUGAGACAUUAUCUGCGGAAGGAGAUCCGUCUGAGGGGCUUUUCUCCUGGUGGGAUUGACAGCUUUCUGAGGAAACACCACGAUCCCGUGUCGGUUGUGCAGGUUUCAAAGUCGUUGCAUGGAAACACAACACUCUUGGGUCUCUGCCAUGUGCCAGUUCUCUGCUGGAUCGUGUCAAAAUGUUACAAGGAACACAUUCGCAGAAAUGGUGACCUGCACACCACCACUGAUAUCUUUGUCAUGGUCUUACAGCAUGUUCUCUAUUGUAAGGACGCCAAGCGACACAGUCUGGGAAACUGUUGGCUGCAAGAGCACUUCCUCACCAUUAUGCGGCUAGCCCAACUGGCGUUUGAGGGCUUGGAGUCUUCCCGGUAUCUCCUAUCUGAGUCUGAGCUGAGGAGCAGAGGGUUCACAGAGCAAGACCUUAGCAUAGGUGUCCUCGUCCAAAUCACUAGUCACUUGUCCUGUCCUGAGCCACAUUUUGAGUUCCUGCAUGUCACCAUGCAGUGUUUUUUUGCUGCUCUUUACCUCGUCCUGAACAACGAUGACCUUUUCACCGUGAAGAAAUUCAUGAAGAGAGUCAGCAACUGGUCAGGGAAUGACCGUGACAGUGGUCAAUUCCCAGCGGCUGGUAGAAGGAAGACCUUGACAAGCGAAACUUCAAACCACCGUAUCACCUCCAGGUUUGUGUCAGGUCUCCUCUCUCAGCGCCACCGUGUUCUGCUCCUUCAAUCUUGCCCCACACAAAUGCUCAAGACAAAAUCCAAACAAGCAGCAAAGUCUCUAUCUACAAGCCUCCGGAGGCAUUUCAAUUCCAUGCCCAAACCUGUAGCAGGUGAAAAGAAGAGCCUCCACGCCAUGCCGAACUUCAUCUGGCUCGUGCAAUGUAUUCAUGAGAUGCAGGACAGUGAAGUUGCCAGAGAUGCAGUGGCGACAUUCGAGGGGGAACACCUCAAGUUGACCUACUGUAACAUUGGCCCUGUGGAGUGCACAGCUCUGGCUUGUGUGCUGCAGCACCUGAAGAACCCAGUUGGCCUGCAGUUGGACCACAAUGCUGUCGGGGAUGUUGGCGUGGAGGAACUACUGCCCUGCCUGCACGUCUGCUGUGCCUUAUAUUUGAGGAACAAUAACAUUACAGACGCAGGAAUGGCCAAACUUAUUGAGAAGGGGAUCCAGUGUGAGAACUUCACGAAGAUAGCGCUCUUCAGCAACAAACUAACUGAUGACUGCACCCAUCACUUUGCGCAUCUCCUCAAAUCAAAGCAGAAUUUCUUGUCUUUAAGACUGGGAAACAACAGUGUCACAGCGGUAGGAGCUCAGUGCUUGGCAGAAGGCCUUCAGCACAACAGGUCGCUACAGUACCUUGGACUCUGGGGAAACGACGUUGGAGAUGACGGGGCCGUGGCAUUGGCCAGAGCUCUGGAGAACAGCCCUUCUCUGGUGUGGCUGAGUCUGGUGGACAAUGGGAUUGGGGACACAGGUGCUCAUGCUAUGGCCAGGCUCAUAGAGAGAUGUCCAUCGCUGGAGGAACUUUGGUUAACCAAAAACUGUAUCACCAGAGAAGGAGUUGAGAGUCUCUUCCAGGCCAUCCAGACAAACUCCAGCGUUAAAUCUCUCUGGUUGAGGGGUAACACACUCAGCCCGGAGGAAGAGGAGGAGCUAACAGAAAGAGACAAACGACUAACCUUCUGA